AUGAGGCAUGCGACGGGGCUUAAGUACGGAAACGGAUCCCCGGCUGAUAUUCAGGACCCUAGCCCGAGCCACUUCAACAUGGCGUCCUCUGAUGCGAAAAAAGAGCAGACAGAGCACUUUUGGAUCGGUAUUUUGUACGUGACAUCGUCGUAG